AUGCUCGAUGACCCUGAUGCAGCAGCUGCUCCGGUGGCCAUGUACAUUGCUGCUAUGGACAAGCUUUGGCACAAGAUUCAGACUGAAAGACACUGGCCCGUCGAGCGCAUUGCGGCCAUGAGUGCUGCAGGUCAGCAACAUGCGUCUGUGUACUGGGCGAACGGCGCAACCGAACAGCUGCGUCGCUUGGACGGCAGUGCACCGUUAUCGACACAGCUUACAUCCAAGGCAUUUUCUCGCAGCAUUGUGCCAAAUUGGCAAGACGCAACGACUCUGACAGAGUGCGAUGAACUUAUGCAUUUCGCCGAUACAUACAUGCAGGGCGACAAAGGCGCCUCGUCCACAUCGACAUCGCCUAUGUGUGAGGUUACAGGCAGCAUUGCCCACACGCGGUUUACUGGUGCACAGAUCUUGCGCUGGCGCAAGCGGUAUCCUGAACAGUACACGAACACGGAACGCAUCACACUCGUGAGCAAUUUUGUCACGACGCUUCUUCUUGCUGGGGGCAGAGAUGCGCACAUUGCUCCGCUCGAUCAGAGUGACGCAUGUGGCAUGAAUCUUUGGGACAUGCGUCAUCUUACGUGGAACAAGUCACUUCUUUCUUUCGUCGGAAGUGGGAGCACACAGCACGAUACUCAGGCGUCGGAAGAGCUGGGCGCUAAGCUGGGACAUGUCGUCCUAGACCCACGCUAUGUAUUAGGUCGUGCAGGGACUUGGCUUCAAACUCGGUAUGGUAUUUCAUCCGAGUGUCUCGUGUGCCAGGCGACCGGAGACAAUCCUGCGACACUGCAAUGCCUGACGCCGCGUCUGGGCGAAGCCGUGCUUUCAUUAGGCACAUCCGACACGAUCCUUCUCCCUAGCCAAGUGUAUGCGCCCAGUGCUCAAUACCAUGUUUUUGCUCACCCUGCCAGCUGCAAGGAGGCAGCCAAAGACAGCACGCCGCCCUACUUUCUUAUGUUUGUCUACAAGAAUGCGUCUCUAGCACGUGAAUGGGCUCGUAACACGUACUGCCAUGGCACUUGGGAUGCAUUCAACUCAGCAAUGCUUGCAUCGCCGACACCCAAGAAUGGCACUGGAUUUUUCUGGCUGCGCCCCGAAAUCAUCCCUUGGAACGCUCAUGGCCUGCACCGUUUCAACGAGCAUGGUGACAGCAUAGCUGACUUUGUCGAUGUCCGGUACAAUGUACCAGCUAUGGUCCAAAGCCAGUUCCUUGCUUUCCGUACACGGAUUCUGCGUGUCUUGGAAGCGUCGCAAACACGUUUGCAGCGGGUGUAUGUUGUGGGCGGUGCCGCUGAAAACAAGACAAUGUGCCAGCUGCUUGCAGACGUGCUUGGUUGUGAAGUCGCAAAGCCCAUGGUCCGGGGCCGUUCUGCCGAGACCGGUGAGAGUAUCCCGUACAACUACUGUUCUGUUGGUGCUGCAUUCCGCGCUCGCUGGGUUUGGGCUUGUGCGACGCAGAGUCAAGUCUCGUUCGAAACGUGUGUGCUCGACGCGCGAGGCCCCUCAGAGACCCACGCAUUCGAAACUGUCGCGUGUCCAAACGUUGUGCAUGCACAGGCAUUUUCAGCUUACGUCGAUACGUGGACUUCGCUGGAGAAGCGUGCCAUGGCGUCCACAUCGUCAGGUUAG